AUGGUCCUCUCAUUCAUCCUCGUCCAGAAUCGUCAGGGCAAGACGCGUCUGGCCAAAUGGUACGCUCCGUACACGGAUGAAGAGAAGGUCAAGUUGAAGGGCGAGGUCCACCGCCUAAUCGCGCCCCGCGACCAAAAAUACCAAUCCAAUUUCGUCGAGUUCCGCUCCGCCCCCAGCAUCAGCAACAGCAGUAGCGGCAGCGGCACCUCGGGCACCGGUGGCCACCAUCUCGUCCGCCAGAACCUAUCAUCCACCAAAAUCGUGUACAGACGGUACGCAGGUUUGUUCUUCUGCGUCUGCGUCGACGCCAACGACAACGAACUCGCUUACCUCGAAGCCAUCCAUUUCUUCGUGGAGGUCCUCGACCAGUUUUUCGGGAAUGUCUGCGAAUUGGACCUUGUUUUCAAUUUCUACAAGGUCUAUGCGAUUCUCGACGAGGUGUUUCUUGCCGGUGAGAUCGAGGAGACGAGUAAACAGGUUGUUUUGACGAGGUUGGAACAUUUGGAUAAACUGGAGUGA